AUUUAUCUCAAUUUGUUCCUUCCCUUUCCACUGCUAAGUGCUGACCGGGUUCGCUGAAAAUGAAUCCUUCCGGAGACGAAGGGGAAGACGAAACGCUGCAGAAAUCCGACCAAGAAUUAUUGUUUCCAGAGCUCCUCAACUUCGCAAGCAGAGCUCAAGCCCUAAUCUCAGAACUUUUGCUUUUAUCUGGUCGAAUCCCUCCUGAGUUUCGCGGUGGUCGUUACGAUCCCGUGCUCUUCGAUCUUAGGUACUUUGAUUCUCCCGAUGAUUUUGAGGCGACAAUCGAAGGAAACGGGGAACUAGAGGUGCUGGAGGACCAGCUUCGGGAAUCUUGUUCUGUAUUUAUGCAGCGUUUUUUCCUUUUAGCAAAUGGCAUUGUGACGUACCAUCAAGAACUACUCAAAUGUCUUAAUGACUUACUGGGAGGAGCCUCUCUAAUGGAGAUAGUGUUGUCCAACGAGAAAGGACGGCAGUUGCUUGCAGAAUCAUUAGCUUUAUUUGGGUGUUUGCUACUACUUCUGGAGCAUCGAAUGGGCGGCUCUUUACGAGAAAAGCUGCUUGUUGCUCAUGUCCGCUAUGUUCGCUGUUUCAAUGCCCCUAAUAUUGAACCCAUGUGUUUGCUAUGUCGUGUUCACCCAUCUCCAUUGGGUCCACUUCAUCAAACUCAUUCGCCUCCUUGGAGCUCUUCAAUAGUCUUUAUUCAAAAGCCUGAAGAUCUUCUACUCCGAUUUCCUUUCCCAAAGCAGGUUGUGGAAUCUGUUAUCAUUUGCCUGAGGGAUUGUGAUUUGUACAAUCUGGUCUGCCAUUACCCCGAUCCUGAGCACCGGACUGUGGCAUUGGCAUCACAAGCUGGAUGGUUGUAUGUUUUGUUGUUCUAUUCACCAGAGUUUCUGCAUAAUGGGUUUGUGAUGCGAGAGAUUAUUGAUCGGUUCUUUAAAGAUUCUUGGGUGGUUCCAUUUUUUAUGUACUUUACUGUGGAUUUAUCAACAUCAUGGGAUGCAUAUAAAGGAGCAAAAGCGUCCAUAUCCUCUUGUCUUUCCUCAUUGUUUGUUCGUGAUCUUUGCCAGCUUCAUUACUCAAAGGUUAAAGAUCUUACGUUUGAAAUAUGUUCGCUUCUCUCUGAUGGUAUUCUGACAAGGGAUUAUGUGUUGAAUAACUCCCAGUCUCUUCUAUCCUUGGUUAGGAAUUGCAAUAUUUCACUCCGCUGGUUGCUGCUUCACAGAUCUAGUAGUGACAAAAAAUUAAGGGACAUAGUUACUUCUGCAGGAACUGCUCAUCAGAUAGAUGAAGAGAGCAUAGUAUUUUUCUUCUUGAGGACCUCACAACUUGAGUUUGAAGUGAAACAACUGUAUGUAGAACUUUUGGAUGGCAACGGAACAAUGUGGCAAGAGAGCAAACACUCUGCUUCUGAAUGUGUGCAAGAAUUAUCCAAAUAUUAUUCAGGGCCACAGGCAUUGUCAUGGAAAAUAAAGGAAGAAAGUUUGGAGGACUGGUUGAGGAAUUUGUCUAUGGAGAUUUGCUCAGUAGACUACACAAAAAUUGGAAAUGCCAGCAGAAAGCUAUAUCAUAUGAUGUUCACAUUGAAAGAAAUUGAACAAUUUCAUGAGAUCAAAGAAAAUUUGCAAACCAAGCAAUUCCUUUCCAGAAUUCAGAAGCACUUGCAGCAUAUGCUUGAAGCCCUUAAUUUACACCAUGAUGCUCUCUUAACCUUCUCUGUGGUUACUGAUGCUGUCUAUGCUUGGGGAUUUGUUCGAAGUUUUGGCAAGAAGUUGUGGAAGAAAAUUGAGCAAGAUUCCUCAGUUGUGCUGAAUCUGCCUUCUUUCUUCCUGAAAUUUCAAUCAAUGCUUGAUGCACCACUACUUAGGAUAUCACAGAACUGCAGUCCGGAUCUUUCAUCUGUCUCUGCUUACUAUUCCUCUGAGUAUUUGACUCAUAUAUGUGCGGUACUGGAGAUUAUACCUGUUAUGCUGUUUAGAAUACUUGAUGAUGUAGCAUCCACUUUUCAAGCUCUACAACCAUUUCACCUGUUGAACCGUAUAGAGAAGGAUAGACUUCAAGAUUUUAUGCAGCUGGAUCAGCAGUUUCAUUUAACCAAGGCAUUUGGUCAAAUAUCUACUUUCUCACAGGGAAUACUUGUUGCAUCUCAGACUCUUCAUGGUCUCAUUAACUUGGAUGUGAAGAACUGGCUCGAGAGUAAAGUAAGGGAAGAACUUCUCAAACGCUUUGACAACCGGCUGAAAUCUUUUUUCUUGUCCUCUAGUGUUGGAUUUGAAGAUCUAGAAAUGAAUGUACAGAAGAUGGCAACUUAUAUUCUUUCCGAGUUUCAUCUAAUGGAAUAUUUUCAGGGUCUAAUUCAUAUUCAGUGGACUCACAUUUGGGAAGAAGAAUUCACCGCCUUUUUGCAGGAUAGUGCUCAGAAAGAGCGUGAUGAUUAUGUACAAGUGAAUGAUUUCUCAAGCGCACAGACAUUUUUGGGGCAUUUACUACACCGAAUUCUUAAGCUGACAAAUCCCUCCCAGUCAAUGUAUAUAGAACCUAUGAGUGGUUGGUUUGAUGCAGCAGGACAUGAAUUAUUAGGGCUCCGAUUCUUUGAUCUACUAGAAUCAUGUGUAGGACCCGUUGGAAUGGCUAGCUUGGACUCUCUAUUAGCUUUCAUUAUUAUGAAUAAAUUAGAGCAUGCUUUGAAGGUUCUUAAAAGUCUGUUGGAUGCAAGAUGCUUGGAAGACUUGCAAAUGCUGGAUGUUGCCUUGGGUCCUGCUAGCUCCUUGCCUUUAUUGGGAUGGUCAUCCUAUAAGCAGAUGGCCAAAUUUGUGGACAUGUCAUGGGAACCAUGGGUUGAAUCUCUAGCAUGUAUUGGCCAACUGCAGUUAUUAAGAUGCUUAAUAGCAUUAAAGCUGAAGUCAGCAGGCAAGGUUAAAGCAAGUUUAGUUUCUUCAGCAGUUGAUGGUAUGCUUGUUCCAGUUUCCUUUCAAAAUGAUAAAAUACUAAAGGGUAUCAGAAAGGAGAACAGUAAAAUAAUGGAACUUUUGCACCGUGAAUUGAGUAAGCAAGGAAUGUUGUGUGGCUAUUGCACACCUCUUCAGACCCUUUAUAUUUCGGAAGAGCCUCCUCCUUUCUUAAGCAGAUGUGCAUCCAUUGUUACAAUCUCACAGUUGCCUCGGUAUGUACUUGAUACUCACUUGAGUACGCUGACAAGUCGAAUGAAGAAAGUCCCAUUAGAUUUUUCUCCAGUAGUUAUUGGACUUGGAACAUUCCUCAGGCAGUUUAAUCCUACUUACAUGGUUCAGUAUGUUCAGUACAUGUGUCAGUACAUAAAAAUUGCAGCUGAAGCAGCAUUUGGAGGAAUAGAUGAAACUGCGAAACGUCCUAUUGAGCCUAUGCCAGAGGUCCUGAAAUCAGCAUUUUGGCUAUUGCAUUUCUGUAAGCAUAUGGGGAUCCCAGAGGAACUAGCACACUCAUGCCUACCACCUCUAGUUUCUGUUCUACAAGCGUAACAACUAACAACUGAGGAGAAUUUUGCUUCUAACUGGUAAAGCUCACCAUUUUACAGGAACUCCAAUCGCUUUUGCAUAUUCUGACAGUUAGCUUUGGUUGGAAUACAUCCAUUGUAUCUGCAAGGAACCAACUCAGCAACUGGAAUAUUGAGUUGCCCUUGCCAAGUGAAAUCAUCACGAUGAGUCCCUAAGUAGCAUUGGGGACAUGUUAUGGUUCUGCCUGUUAAAAGCUUUCCUUGAUGGUAAUUCAAUCAGGAACCUCAGGAUGCUAGGAUGGGUGGAAGUGCUGAGAAAUAGUGAUGGAUAUAUAGCAAGCGUACAAGGCCAUUGUGAGACAACAUCCAACAUAGUGGAAAUGAGAUGUUGAUUUUUUGUUAACAAUUUGCACAGGAUCUGCGGAUUCAAAACUUCAUUGUUGAAGAGGAGUCUGCCCUUAUGAUAGGUUGGGCCUUGUUGGAGGACCAAGGGCCAUGCCAAUUCACUGACCUCAGUUGAUGCGGGGGAUCUUGCUUCUAACUUUAGAAACUCAUUUGUGUUGGUGGUCAUGAUCUUCAAACUCUUUGGCAGAUGCAUUAGCUAAAGAGGGAGACGAAAGGAGAGCGAGGAAUGUAGGAGAAUGGCCUAUCAUGUAGGUGAAACAAGUAGAUUUUUAAGUUGUGGUAGCCUGUAUUACUUAAACAGGUUGUAUACAUCCUCUUAUGAUCAAUGAAAGCAUUAAUAUUU